AUGUUUUCAGCUACCCUGAGUAUAGUAUUGUUUACACCCACCACCACUCACGCACGUACACAUAAUCGAUUCUUCCAGCAAUCAAUUAUACUAAAAUUUUCUCUUCUUCACCAAAAAUAUUUUUCCUAUUGCCGAUUUCUUUCUUUCCCAGACUCCUUUACUUUCUUCUCGCAAUUUCUCUUUCUAAUUUACUUUCUCUUUCUCGUUCUCCUAUUCUGUAUUUUUACCGACCGACCAUUUUAUGACCUCCACGUACUUUAUCCAACUGUAUAUUUCCCCCUCUCUUUCUUUCUUUCUUUCUUUCUAAUUUCCUCUGAUCUCACUUUCUUGACUCACUUCCUUUCCCAACUAAUCACCCCUUUUUCCACUUUCUCAUUGUUCGUUCUUUCUUUUACUGUUAUUUCUCGUUCUCCUUUUCUACAUUUUCUUUUGUCAAUCUUUCAUUUUUUCUGUAAUGUUCUGCAUAUCAUCUUUUGUGCAUUUUCUUUUCUUCUUUCUUUCGUGCGUUCUUUUUCUUCCUUUUGUUCCUAUUACCAUCUUUCUAUCUUAAAUUCUUUCUCUAUUCUUCUCUGUCUUUUCUUUGCUUCAACUCUUCUUGAUAUUCCAUAUCUUUCCCUAUUGCUUGUCCAGUCUGUCUUUUCUCCAUUCAUCUCUUCUUUUUCCUUCAUUUUUGCCUUUUUUCUUUGCUCCUGUUCAUAA